AUGGAAGGCGUAGAAGUGCAGCCGCACAUUCAACUCCGCCGGGGCCAGGUGCAGCCGGUGGUGCUGACGAUGGGGGAUCCGAAGCGGGUGGACGAAGUGGCGGCUCUGUGCGACAGCGCGGAGCCGCUGGCCUUCAACCGCGAGUUCAAAUCUGCAAAUGUGGUCAAAGACGGACAAAAGUUCACAGUAAUAUCUCACGGAAUUGGUUGUUGCAGUUCGAUGAUCUGUUUCGAGGAGCUGAUCAAGCUGGGCGCGAAGGUGAUCAUCCGCGCGGGCACCUGCGGCAGCAUGAAGCCCGACAGGGUCAAAAGAGGAGAUAUUUGCGUCCCUUUUGCUGCAGCAAGAGAUAAUGAUGUUUGCGACUUGUACAUCCCCCCGAGAAUGCCUGCGGUGGCGACUCCGCGGGUGUUCCAGAGCCUCCUGGAAAGUGGAAAGCAGCUCGGAAUUGGCCUCUCCCAGGGCAUCGCGCUGACCAAUGGUCUCUUCUACGGCCACGGCAAAGAACACCUCCAAAACUUGACCACUUGGAGCAAAUUUACAGACAUAAUUGACUGCGAAUUCCAAUCUCUUUUCCUCGUGGGCAUUGGCCGCGGAAUCGAAACCGGCGGCAUUGCCACGGUCGACGGAUCACCCCUUCAGUGGGACCAGGCCAAUUAUGACCCUUCGGGAAACGCCGUUGCGGAAGGCAAGAAGAAGAUGCUGACAGUUGCAAUUCACACUUGCGCGAAGUUGACGCGGGAGUUCAGCGGCCACUGA